CAUGAGUUUAUGGUCUCAAUCUCUAGUUUCAGGUCUUAAGAGUUGAACAGACCAUAAAGCAGAGUAUGCUUUAGGGCGGGACUAGAAGGCGAUUGACAGAUUACUAUCCAGCACUGUAUACAGUCAAAGUCAAAAUGAUCUACCUACAUAAGAAAUACUAUAUUUUAUAUACAUAUAUAUAUAUAUAUAUAUAUAUUACAUCUUCGGUCAUUACCAUACUCUGAUGACUGGGACUAAUUGGAAUCAGCCAGUGUUGCAUCGUCCGGACAGUAGCUGCUGGUAGCCACCCUCAAGCGGACUUCCAAAUGAUCAUCCAUCAUGGUGGAACGGUAUUUGGACUUAAUAUUCUUCAUGUGGGAAAAGGCAGACUCACAUUAAUAAGUAGAGCCGAAUAAUGCAGUCAAGAAGGGAGCACAUUUCCUCAUGUUUGGGAACUUUCCAGCUGUAGUGUCAAAAAUCACAUCCUCCAUGCCAUACGAAUUCAGGCGAAACGGCGUGAAUCAACCUCAAUAUCUUCCCAAGCUCUCGAAAUCUCUGCAGGAGUUUCCCCCGACUAAGCCAUCUUACAUCAGUGUGUAGCAAGAACUCCAAAGUCCAGAAAAAAACGAGUCAGCCGCUUCAACGAAGGCCUCUUUUAUCAUCUCCCCAUCUUGAUAGCACUUCUUGUGCUUAAUGAUGGAGAGACUCACCCGGAUGGAUGCUUUCGGUGGUUGCCUUCCCUUCAGCAGUGAGAAAAAUGACCGCUGUCCGGACAACUGUGACUUUAGUUUCUUCACCUUUCUCUUUCUCAGCUCGCUUUUCAGUCAGUGUUGUAGAUUUUUCCUUAGCCUUCUAAUUUAUAUAUACCAACUAAUUAGCUUGCAGGACAUUUUCAGUAGUUUGCGCGGUUGGGUUGACCCGUGUUAGAAAAGACGUGAUCUCAGACUGGUUACCCUGUACGUCAAUCAUGACGUACGUCCUAUCAUCCAUCCUCCCUCUGGCUAACCGUUAGCCGCUAACGUCUAUUUCUUUUUUUUUUUAAUGAAAUGCAAUCUUUAAAAAAAAUGUUUUUUAUCUUUUAAUGGCAUGCAAUCUACCCGCACUACCGUUGGUCGACGUAAUAGGCCCCCCCCACCCUGGUGUACAGCAUAUCUACGGAAAUCCAAAUAUGGUCAAGAUGCCGAUGGCCGUAAUCCAAAAUGGCGACAGUGUUUACAAUAAUAAUAAUAAAGUAUAUUUGCAUUGCACCCUUCAUACAUAUAAUGCAGCUAAAAGUGCUUAACAUCAAAUUGUGUGUAAACUUAAAACUAGUUCAGAUCGCUCUGUUAUUUCUCUCAGAAAACAUCGGCCGUGAAUAUGUGGACCAUUGCCUUCCCCCUCAGGUCAAAUGUUAUAUUUCCACCUGCAAUUGGUAAAUAUCUCUUCCCGUAUUUUUUUCUGAACAAAACAAAGCAUACUGUGAUUUUCCGUUGUUUGGGAAGGAGGUCGGAGGAAUGUUUUGGGCCUCACUUUUAGAGCCGUGGAUAUCACGCGGUUGCAUUUCCAGGGAGGGUUCUCUUUCGGGCCCCAUGGAGAGCGAGAGUUAAUAAAAUGCCUAUAAUUCCUCCGUAUCCAUAUUAGUAGUAAUAAAAAACACAGGAUGAAAUACGCAACCAUAAAUAGACAAUGGCUAUCCAAUAUUAAUCACAUAGUGGGAAGCCUACCAAACUGACCCCCGACUGUGGAAAUCAAUCACAGCUUCACAUCCUCUUCAGUUCUUGUAUGCAAUGCAAAAGUUAUUUUUGCAGCAACCAAGUCAAGAGGAUAAGAAAAAAAAAGAUCUGGGCUUACCGAUAUGGUUAGUAAAAACAUUUAUCGAAAAACCUUUGGCUCGAUAAACUUUGGGCGUCGGGUUUUUUCGAACGGUACAAUUUCUGCAGCACGUUGCAUCUAAUUGAAGAACGGGGGAAAAAAGGAUCACGUUCAAACACAGAACGCUGAAUCAUCUUUUCGCACCCUUGAAGGGUGCCUUUGUUGUUGCCCAUUCAAAGCAUCCAAAUGCAUUACUCAUGCACUUCUAUAGACCCGUCGAAGCUUUGUGUGCCACUGAGUCAUGUCGAAAAGAGACCCGACGUUGGCACAACCGCCGAUGGAAAUGUUGCCUGCGGACAUGGUGAGGAUGAGGGUUGUGAGGUUUGGUGGAGGGUGUACGUUGGGGCUGGGGUUGCGUCAGCCGAGUGCAGGUCAACACAAGUUGGAUGGAAAAGAUUUAUAGCAAACUGUCGAUGGUUACCAGAACUUUUUAAUCUGCUGUCAAAACGUCAAGGACAGCCGGGAACUGCCAGGACGCUAAUUGCGCAAUGUUCAAAAGAAGUUAUUAGGUUGUGUCACACCUGUAGUUGUAUCACACCUGUAGAACUUAAGAUAUAUUGACGUUACAAAAUACACAUUUGUGCUGCAUGCAAAAAAAAAAACCCUGCAAGGUUUUUGCCCCCCCCCCAAACUGUGUGGAAUUAGCAUAACAUGUCUGUAAGCACCCAUUAGGGGUGUCAGGAUUCUCAGAAUCCACGAUUUGAUUUUAUAUCUAUUUUUUUUAAAGAUUCUAUAUAUUUUUGUUUUUCAGCAUUUACAUUUUUUAAAUGCUCUGUUUUUGGAUUCUUCGUUCACCUCGGGAGGCAAAAAAAAAAGAUUUCUUUUAGAAUUCUAAUAAGGCGAGUACAAUAAAUAUGCAUUUUGUGAGGUAUCGCUUUAAGGAGGUCCAAUUGGGUCGAGAAUCUUAUGCUAAGACACGGCAGACUGAGCAGCCGUGUCAAACUGCUUUCACUCAAGCAGAAAAUAAACGCCUUUUGGACAUUUAUCGGAACGAUUCAGCAAAGCGUGGGACAUUAGCACAAAAUUCACGGACCUGAUGUGGCAGGAAUCCACUUGAGUCAAGGUCAAAUCUGACUCUUGCGAUGACCUCUGUGGCCAAAUGAUGGAUUGAUAAAAAAAAAAAGGUAUAUAUAUAUAUAUUUUUUUUUUUGGGAAGAUACGUUGGACACAAUGUGCAUUAAAAAUUCAUUAAAAAAUAUUUAAUAAAUAGCUGUAUCCAACGAGGAAGACGUUAAGGAGUUAAUCAUUACACAGAACACACGCUUUAUAACGCUUGGCGGUAACUACCGUUUGGCCGAGUAGCACUCGGAUGGAUUUAACUGGUCGUUUUGAGGCGCACGAGUUCAGGAAAAACGCACACGUUCCUUUUGUGAGCUUUCACGGGGCGUGCAGUUACCACAACGACACUGCUAAUUUAAGAUAUCCAAACACACACACACACACACACACACACCUUUAGAAUUGAUUCAACCAUUAACAACAUUUACACCCAACUUAAACUGCCUUAAAAGCACGAACGGCCAAUGAACGCGCCCAUAUGACUCCAAAAAUAACCGGUUGCGAGACAAAAAAAAGAUAUGUAAAUUUGCAUAGCCAGAAAUACACUUUGAGAGAGGAAAAAAAAAGAAAAAAAAAGAAAGAUAUAUUUGGUCAAUUUACAAAACCAAUUCUUUCAACACUUCCUCACUCAUUGAAUCAGAAUUAAAGGUUAACACAAACUUAUCAGCAUUAAUCUCUUCCUCUUAGGGUUUUCCGACUCGAUUAUAAACCCUGCAUGUUUUUGGUUUGACUGUCGACAUGUGGGGUGGACGGGGUUGACAUGAACUGUGUCCCUCCCACUGGCUCUGGCAUUCAGGUACAGCUCCCUCCCUCCUUCUAUAAAGCCUCCCAAGAUAGCAGUGUAAACUCCAGACUACAACUCAUGGUAAACUCUUUACAACCUGAGAUUUAAAAAAAUUAAAAAUAAUACAAAUUACUCCAACUGCAAAAAAGAAAUAAAGUACGCAGCCCACUUGGAUGUGCAUCAUCAAUUAUCUACAUUAAGCUACAAGCUCAAGACAAGAGAGGUAAGUGACUUUUACCACCAUUUUAAAUAAAGUUUAAAGAGAUUGCUCAAGAGUUCUUCGGGUUUUUAAUAAUGCAAACUGACUGAAUUGAACAUUUUUGAAAUCACAAAUUGAAAUUUGGGAUACGAGUUUGAAGCACAGGGAGUUUUUUCUUUAAAAAAAAAAAAAAUCAGUGGUUUUGGGCGUGCUGAUGAACAGAUGGUUUCUGGAAUAACCUGCAAAAACACAUGAAUAUUGAUUUGUGAUUGACAAGCCAACCCUGUUACAGAGCCAACCCUGCCUCUCAUUUACCAAUCACCAGUUGUGGCAGCAGUUUAACCACCUAAAAACAUCAUUUCUGUAUCUUCCCCUCCCGAACAGCUCCGGGUCAAAAUGAGAUUAGCUCUGCACACCGUCCUCUGCUGCUGUGUCUUCACCACCGUCCUGCCACUGGUGAAAGGCGGCGCCAACAGCACCAGUCUCAAAAAAGGGUUUAAAGUCUGGCUGCAGAGCCGAGUCAAGAGGGACCUGUGCAACGUCACCGUGGCGGCCAAUGAGCAGCGCUCUGACGUCCAUGUUGGACCGCAGCAGGACGAGAACCCAAAAGGUGUCGCGCCUACAUCGAGCUUUGGGUUAUGCAUCAGAUCCAGGAGGUCGACAUCGACCAAAUCAUCCGGCUGCAAGUUCGUCACGUGCGUCUACCACGACCUGCUGCACCGGCUGCACCAGAUCAACGAGAUGAAAUCCUGCGCCCCCGGAAAAAAGAUUGGCUCAAAUGGCUACGGACGGCGGUGACGCCGACGCCAUUCGCUCCUUCAGAUCUUCUCUGAAAAACCCGGAAAUUGAAGAGGAACCGAAGCGGAUUUCUUUUCUUUUUUUUUUUUUUUCUUUUUUAAUAAAAAAAAAAUAUAUGACAUUCCUGGACCCCCAAACUGCCACAAGCAGGAUCUUUUCAUAGUGAACUGUGCAAUUUAAACAAUAUGUACUAUAUCAAAUAUAUAUAUAAUUACCAGCUUGUAUAUAAUAAGGAAAUAUAAAGCUACCUUAUAUUUAAGCACACAAUAAAAAAUAUAUUUUUAUACAGCCAAAAUACAUAUUAAACAUGUCUUUUUAAAAAAACAAAGUUUAACUUCAAUGAAGUACGUAUCUUAACGUGUCCUGUACUCAUGUGAAUUUAGUACCUAUUCGUUGAGUUAUCUGUUGUUUUUUGUAACAUUGUUGUAAUGACUAUACAUUAUUGGAAAUGUAAUCAUAUUAGAGAUGAAAAACGUAUUUUAUUGUCAUAUUACACAUAGUUAGACACAUAUAUGACAUUUCUUCUCCGCAUUUAAUCCAUCCUUUGGAGCAGUGUCUUACAUAAAAGCUUAACAACUGCCAAGUGGUAUUUUAAGACUUGAGAGUGAUGGAGUGAUGAGCUAAUACAAGUGCUGUGCUGCCAUCUAGCUUCACAGGAGGAAACGGGGAACAAAUGCAGCUUCCUGUGGUUAUACGCUAAAUGUUUCAUUUUUUAAAAAGCCUGAUUUAUGGUCUUGUUGUGGUGGAACGUGGCAGUAACUGUAAUGGUUUUCAGCUGGAUGCAGCGUCUUUGUUUUUGUUUUUUUAAAUAAAUGA